AUGGCGAGAGAGGAGUGCAAGGCACUUCUGAAUGCUCUCAACAAAGUGAUCGCGUACUACCACCACCAAGUGCUGACCGUUGGUGGCUCUGGGGAUUCGCGGAACCUGCGUGAGGAUCUGCAAAAUACUCGACAGAAAGCUCAGGAGCUGGCUGUGGCCACUCGCAUCAGGCUGACGAUGGCGCUGCGUGACCAGGACCUGGGCACGGAGGAACGCGCCGAAUUUGAGUGCUUGUGGGUGGCUUUCUCCGGCUGUCUGGACUUACUGGAGGUGGACAUGCAGCGCGCGCUGGCAUUGGGUGCUAUGUUCCCGCUGCACUCGCCAGGGAGGCCAUUAGUAUGCACAGGCUUGAAGGCUAACUGCUUGAGCACUCACAGCCUGCGGCACGAGGCCCACAGUGACUUAGACGUGGCCAAUUUACGUGAUCUGGAGCGCGAGAUCCUCCAUGUGCGUGAGAUGAUCCAUGACAUGGAGCUGAAGGUCAACGUUCCACUCUGGACCGUGCAGACUCGGCAGGCGUCGAGUGCGGAGGUCUUGGCCAGCACGGGUGCCUCCUCAGCCGGCAGUGUAUCCGUGGAGGACCACACAGAGCCUUGUGAUCUGAGCAAGGCCCUAGCCGCCACCCUUUUCGGUGCAGUGCUGCUGGCGACCGUAGUCUUGGCUGUGUGUGUGGCAAAGCUGAGCUGA